AUGAAAACAAUUAAGUAUUCAUCAAAUAAACAUCUUGAAAUUGUAUCAAAAACGGCUCUUAAAGAUCACAAUAAGGGUCAGUUAGAAGCUGUUCUUAUAAAUCUUUCGUGGAAAAGUAUAUGGAAUAAUAGUAUUGCACCUGCUGCAAAAGAAAUUGCCCGGGAAUAUCGAAGCAAAAUAAAAAUUAAAGUAAAGAAAGCAUUGACAGAAGUAUUUAGUAGAAAAAGAUUUCCACCAAUUGAAGAAGCACACCCAUCAGUUGAUCAAAUAAAUGUAUGGAAAUUUAAAGAUACGAUUCAAGUAUGCUUUGUAGAUCUAGAAAGUCCAAAAAAUCCAGACAAUCCAAAUUUUACUUGGUGGCUUGCUGUUCUUGAGCAAGUUUAUCCAGAAGAAACUACUAAAAAUAAUAUUGUAUUUGCAAGU